AAUGAGUGGUGUUUAAUUCAAAAGGAUAAAAGUUUGAGCCCAUUUGUUGUUGUAUACUAACCAUGGCCUCAGCAUCUCUUUUCAAGUCAUCUCCAGCAACCAUUCUUGAUAAGUCUGAAUGGGCUAAGGGUCAGACCCUUCGUCAAGCACCCGUCUCUGUGGUCCGCUUUAACUCGUCUGCACCGUCUGCACUCACUGUCCGUGCUAGUUAUGCAGAUGAGCUUGUCAAAACCGCGAAAACCAUAGCAUCUCCUGGCCGUGGAAUCUUGGCCAUGGAUGAGUCAAAUGCUACAUGUGGAAAGCGGUUAGCUUCUAUUGGUCUUGAGAACACUGAGGCCAACCGCCAGGCUUACCGGACCCUGCUUGUCACCCCUCCAGGUCUUGGCAACUACAUCUCUGGUGCCAUCCUCUUCGAAGAGACCUUGUAUCAAUCAACCGUUGAUGGCAAGAAGAUUGUAGAUAUCCUUGUUGAACAGGGAAUCGUCCCUGGUAUUAAGGUCGACAAGGGUCUAGUCCCAUUGGCUGGUUCAAAUGAUGAAUCAUGGUGCCAAGGUCUUGAUGGACUUGCUUCCCGUUCCGCUGCUUACUACCAACAGGGUGCUCGUUUCGCCAAAUGGCGUACUGUUGUGAGCAUUCCCAAUGGUCCUACAGCACUUGCAGUCAAGGAAGCAGCUUGGGGUUUGGCUCGUUACGCCGCUAUCUCUCAGGACAAUGGUCUGGUCCCAAUUGUUGAACCCGAGAUUUUGCUUGAUGGAGAACACGGAAUUGACCGGACCUUCGAGGUUGCACAAAAGGUGUGGGCUGAGGUGUUUUUCUACCUAGCAGAAAACAAUGUUAUGUUUGAAGGCAUUCUUCUAAAGCCGAGCAUGGUUACACCUGGUGCUGACUGUAAAGAACGGGCCACACCUCAACAGGUUGCCGAUUACACUCUUAAGCUUCUCCAGAGAAGAAUCCCACCCGCAGUUCCUGGAAUCAUGUUUUUGUCUGGUGGACAAUCUGAGGUAGAGGCUACACUCAACUUGAAUGCAAUGAACCAAAGCCCAAACCCAUGGCACGUGUCGUUCUCAUAUGCACGUGCCCUUCAGAACACUUGCCUAAAGACAUGGGGAGGAAGACCCGAGAACGUGAAGGCAGCUCAGGAUGCUCUGCUCCUCAGGGCUAGUGCCAACUCUCUUGCUCAGCUCGGGAAAUAUACUGGCGAGGGCGAGUCCGAGGAGGCUAAAAAGGGAAUGUUCGUUAAGGGAUAUGUCUACUAAGUUUAAGAAUAAAUUAUGAAUUUGUGUUGAUGUUUUUAGCCCAUGGAGACUACUACUUUUGUUCAUAGCAUCUACAUCUAGCAACUCUAUAAGUUUUUCAUGCUAUUGAUGAUAUUGAGAUGGAAUCAUGGAUUCUUAUAUCUUGUAGUUUCAACAGAAAUCUAUAAGAUGUUUUUUCUACUUA